GCAGAGGAUACCAUCAUGGAGAUUUCAUCAAAAGAAAACACUCACUUUUUCUCAAACAACACAGUCUUGCCCGUGGACCGAUCUUCAUUCAAAUCUGAAUCGUCCGCAUCCAAGGAAAAACAGUCGUGUUGUGGAGGUAUAAAGAUAUUUCUUGGUGCAUUGUCUUUUGUUUAUUUUGCUAAAGCACUGUCAGGAAGUUAUCUAAAAAGUACUAUCACACAAAUAGAAAGAAGAUUUGACAUCCCUUCCUCUUUGGUUGGUGUUAUUGAUGGAAGUUUUGAAAUUGGGAACCUCCUAAUCAUAAUUCUAGUGAGCUACUUUGGAGCAAAGCUUCACAGGCCAAGAAUAAUUGGAGCAGGCUGCUUAAUUAUGUCAGCUGGAACAUUCCUAAUCGCCAUGCCCCAGUUCUUCAUGGGACGAUACCGGUACGAAAGAUUCCCUUCCACCAUCAAUUCAACUGUUAGCCCCUCUCCAUGUCUGCAGGAUAAAAGCCAAACUCCACUCUCAGCCUUGGAGAAAUCACAAGCAAAAAUAAAUGCAGGGUGUGAAAAGGAAGCAGGCUCUUCCAUGUGGAUCUAUGUUUUACUUGGGAAUCUCCUGCGUGGAAUAGGUGAAACCCCUAUCCAGCCCCUGGGAAUUGCAUACAUCGAUGAUUAUGCUGUUGAAGAGAAUGCUGCCUUAUAUAUUGGCUGUGUCCAGACAGUUGCCAUUAUUGGGCCAAUAUUCGGCUUUCUCCUGGGAUCCCUGUGUGCCAAGCUAUACGUUGACAUCGGCUUUGUAGAUCUGGACAGCGUCAGCCUAAGUCCCAAGGACGUGCAGUGGGUGGGAGCGUGGUGGCUGGGGUACCUGGUCGCUGGGGUGAUCAGUGUCCUGGCUGGCAUCCCCUUCUGGUUCCUGCCCAAGCACCUCCCAAAAGCUGAGGGCAGGAAGGACUCCAGCACCUCUUCUGAGCACUGCACGUUCAUCACGGAGGAGAGCAAGGACCAGUGCACAUCCGCUUGGCAACAAGCAAAGCUUGCCGAGAUGGCAAAAGACUUCUUGCCAUCACUGAAGAACCUCUUUGGGAAUCCAGUGUACAUUCUGUAUUUGUGUGCAAGUAUCAUUCAGUUCAAUUCUUUAAUUGGCAUGGUGACAUAUAAGCCAAAGUAUAUUGAACAACAGUAUGGGCAGACAUCUUCAAAAACUAACUUUGUUAUAGGUCUUAUUAACAUUCCUGCUGUGGCCUUUGGCAUAUUCUCUGGAGGACUGAUCAUGAAAAAACUCAGAAUUGGUGUUUUAGGGGCUGCAAAACUUUCCUUGGGCUCAUCUUUCUUUGGUUACCUUCUGCUGCUCUCGUUGUUUGCCCUGGGCUGUGAGAACUCGGACGUGGCCGGGCUGACUGUGUCGUACCACGGAACUAGACCCACGACUGAUUCUGAGCCAGCCCUGUUGUCAGAGUGCAACUGGGGCUGCUCGUGUUCCAGGGAUGACUGGGACCCCAUCUGUGGGGAGGAUGGAGUCACCUACAUCUCGGCCUGCCUCGCCGGCUGCCGGGCGUCCAGCGGCGCUGGGAAAAGCACCGUAUUUUUUAACUGCAGCUGUGUUGGAACCUCUGAAUCUUCACAAAGCUCCUCAGCUGUGGUGGGACCAUGUCAAAAAGGAAAUGAGUGUCCCAAAAUGUUCCUGUAUUUCCUAGUAAUAUCAGUUAUCACUUCAUACACUUUGUCAGUAGGUGGCACACCUGGAUACAUCCUGCUUCUAAGAUGCAUUAAACCCCACUUGAAAUCAUUUGCACUUGGUAUCUAUACUCUGGCAAUAAGAGUACUUGCGGGGAUUCCAGCCCCAGUGUAUUUCGGAGUAGCCAUAGAUACCACUUGCCUGAAAUGGGGAAGCAAAAGAUGUGGGGGAAGAGGAGCAUGCAGACUCUAUGACUCCAGUGCACUCAGGCUCUGCAGUGGUUUCUGGAUCGUCCUUGAGAAAUCUGUUCUGAAUGUAGUGGGAAUUGCUCAAACAGAUCACUCAGUAAAGAAACCAGUCAUGACAGUGGAAACCAAACCCAGCAGCGUCAGUGACCCAAAUCAGGAAGCAGAACCUGACCAGCUUUCGGAUGAUGAAGGAAACAAAAAUCCAUCAGCCAAAAAGACUUCCUCUUGCACCGGGUUGAAGGUGUUCCUGGCUGCUCUGUCAUUCAGCUACUUCAGUAAAGCCUUGUCUGGUACGAUCAUGAAGAGCUCCAUCACUCAGAUUGAGAGGAGGUUUGGCCUGACCUCAUCUACCGCCGGUUUCGUCGAUGGCAGCUUCGAGAUGGGCAACUUGCUGGUGAUUGCAUUUGUAAGCUAUUUUGGAGCUAAGCUUCACAGGCCCAGAGUAAUAGCUGUGGGAUGCUUUACUAUGGCUUUGGGAUGCUUUUUAUCAGCCAUGCCUCAUUUCUUCAUGGGAUACUACAAGUAUGAGACAACAUCACAUGCAGCUGCUUCAGCCAACUUAACUUCCAGCAUAAAUCCCUGUUCCCCACAUCAAGAUGUGAAUGGCACUGUCCUGGAAGUCUCACAAUCAGGCUGUGAGAAGGAGCCAUCAUCAUACAUGUGGAUAUACAUCUUGCUGGGAAACAUGUUGCGUGGGAUUGGUGAGACACCAAUAACACCCCUGGGCAUCUCUUACCUCGAUGAUUUUGCUAGAGAAGAGAAUGUUCCUGUGUAUGUAGCGUGUUUGCACACAAUAGCCAUGAUGGGCCCCAUGUUUGGUUUCCUGUUGGGAUCUCUAUGUGCAAAACUGUACGUGGAUAUUGGAUUUGUGGAUCCAGGGAGCAUCACCAUCACCCCACAGGAUUCCCGCUGGGUGGGUGCAUGGUGGCUGGGCUUUCUAAUAGGUGGAGCAACCAGUUUCCUAUCAGCUAUUCCAUUCUGCUUCCUGCCAAGGAGUCUGGAAAAGCCAGAGGAAGCCAGGAAGGACAAAACUUCACAUGGUCUCUUGGAAAGCACGGGUGCUGUGAGGAAUAAACUUUCUCCCGGAAAAACUAAGCCAAGGAAAUGGUCAUUAAUGCUGAAAGAUUUCUGUAACUCCCUGAAAAAAGUAUUGGGUAAUCGAAUGUACUUUACAUUUUUGUGUUGCUCACUGUUACAGUUCAGUGGUUUUAUUGGUUUCUUGACUUACAAACCUAAGUACAUGGAACAGCAGUAUGGACAAUCUACAUCCAAAUCCAACUUUCUAAUAGGAAUGACAUCCUUGCCUCCUGUAGGUCUUGGAAUUUUCCUGGGAGGGCUUAUAAUGAAAAAGUACAAAAUGGGCAUCAUUGGAGCAACAAAGUUCUCAUUUAUCAUGUCAUUUUUGUCCUAUGCCAUCAGUUUGCUACACUUUUUUGUUGGCUGUGACAACUAUGUGGUGGCAGGAAUGACAGUGUCCUAUGAAGGCAAUCCCCUUCCAUACCACAACAAUUCCCUGUUUUCUGCAUGCAACUCUCACUGCCAAUGUGCCUCCAACACGUGGGAUCCUGUGUGUGGAGCCAAUGGAAUCACCUACGUCUCGGCGUGUCUGGCGGGCUGCACCACUUCCACGGGACAUGGCAAGAACACAGUCUUCCAUAACUGCAGAUGUCUUGAAAUCAAGAGUUCAUGGUCAGGAAACACAUCUGCCACCUUGGGGCAGUGUCCAAAAAGUGAUGAUUGUUCACUGAAGUUCAUUUAUUACACAGUAAUACAAGUCAUAGGCGGGUUUUGCUAUGCCCUGGGAGCCACUCCUUCAUACAUGCUUAUAUUUAGAUGUGUUCAGCCGGAGUUCAAAGCUCUCGCCGUCGGUCUGUACACCCUCGUUAUGAGGAUGCUGGCUGGGAUCCCAGCGCCGGUUUAUUUCGGUGCAGCCAUCGACAGGACCUGCUUGAAAUGGGGAAGCAGCAGCUGCGGGAAGCACGGGGCCUGCAGGCUCUACGACUCCAAUGCACACAGGUAUGUCUUCCUUGGUUUAGGAGCAAUUUUAAGAGGUCCUUCUUACUUGGUUGGAAUAUUUUUUUAUACAUUGAUAAAGAAAAACUUUCAAAACAAGAACUCCAGGCCUCUAGAGAAUGGACAAGAAGACGCUGCAAUGAAUAAAGAAGACAAUUGCAAGAUCAAAGAACGUUUGCCAGGCCCUUCUGCUGCAGAGAAUGAAUCUUCUAUUUAGAAACCAAUUUAGACCAGUGGCAUGUGAAUCAGGUCAGCUUCUUUUGGAAGUACCAUUCAAAAUGCUGUAACUAGAUAAUAAAUAAUAACACUGUAUGGAGAGCACAACUAAUAGCAAAACUGCAAACAAUAAACACUAACAAACAAGUAUGAAAAUGCCCUUUGUGUACCUGAUUGCCAGUCACAGAAAUAGAUACACAAACUGAACCAAAUUCUCAACAGGCAGAGAAAAACCUCCUUGGCAGUUCUGACAGAGCCAGUCUGGUUGUUUCAGCGGGAUCAAAGAUGCUGCCAGAACAUCCUCAUGCCAAAGGCCCACCAAAAGUGCUGCUGGUCCUGUGUGCAGGUCCAUGCAGGGGACUGGCACAGGCGAGACAAGUUCAAGUUUAGGACAAGCUUUCUGAUUCCACCAAAUUCAAUAAAAAUUCACAGUAAGCCAGAGCAUUUAAGCCAAACGCCGAAUUACAUCAUUGCACCUGGUUUUCAUCUCAAAGUUGGCAAAAGCAGUAUUUUUCCAAGAAGCAUUAUGUCUUGCCUCAGCUGAAAAAGUUAUGCCUG